AUGUAUGGUAUGCUAUGUGUAAGCAGAUCUUGGCCCUUGGAUGGUGCUGAUGAGGGAUGGAUGAUUCAACGUGGUACAGUGCAUGGGGUUUCUGAAUUUCGAUUGCCCCAAAGUAAAAGUAUUGAUGGACUCGCUGUUGAUCCACAGCCUGACUGGACUUUUGAUAGUCUUUUGAUAGAGCUCAGUCCAAUUGAAAAGAAGCUCGAUACAUCUUCGAUGUUUCCUGUGCCAUUUACCAAAUUCAGAUCGCGAGAACUUUCAAUUAUGAAGGAUAUCAGAAGAAGUCCGAGGACUUUCGCAAUCCAUAUAUCAGACUAUGAGAUUGAGGAUGUAGGAAGUGAUGGUGAUGGUGAUGGUGAUGGGGAGGCUCGUGAGCAAUUUCUGGUUUUGGGUAGACGAUUUGCUUGUGAUAAACUUUACAUAAGUGACAGCGAUGAUUCUGGAGAUGAGUCAGCUAUUGAAACCCAAUAUCAUUUGAUGGACAAAGUGGGACUAGUAGAAGGAGCAUUCUUAGAGCUAACUCAUGAGUAUCACAUUAGUAUUAUGGAGGAAAUUAGAAACCAAAUUUUAGCAUUGGAGACAGAUCUGAUGAGUGAAAACGAGAAGUUUACCUCUGCACUUGCUCGAGUUGAGAAACAUACUGAAGCAAGGCGCGACAUGGAUAGGAAACUUAAUAUGCAGUAUCAACGCAAGAUAAUGAUUUCUGCAAUGGCUGAGCUUAAAUCUUGCUCUGAUGCAUCUCACCCGACCGGUUUGGUCUUGAUUUUCCUUGUCCUCCUUGUAGCUUCACACUUCUUGAUCUUCAUACUUGCAGAUUGGGCAACAGUCCAAACUAAAACAGAUGCAACCUUCCUUUCCAUUUCAGUGCCUUCCUCCUCGUUAGGCAAGAUGGGUUCGACAAGCUUUUUAAUAGGCUUUAGCUCAAGAGUGAGUGAGGGUGUUGUUGCAUUAGAGUUUGCUGGUGCAACACUAAUGGCGGUUGGCUUCCCUCGUCUUUGCUGUCUGUGCCCAAGCUUGGUGUGCAAUGAAGCACUUGAUAAUCACUUGACUGCUAUUCAGAGGGUCCAUGAACACAGAUCCCAGAUCGAAGAAAGUAGAAUAAGAGAUGAUGCAGCUUUCGAAGAGUCAAAAAGGAAGGAAAAGGCUCUUCAGGAAGAGAAACUGCGACGAGAAAAAAUCAGAGCAGAAGCAGAGGCAAGACUUGAGGCUGAAAAGAAGAGAGCUGAAGAAGCCAAAGCAGCAGCUUUGGAAGCUGAAAGGAGAGCAGCAAAAGAAGCUGCAGAAAAGGUUGUUACUGAAAAUUUAAGAAGGGCUAGUGCUGCUCUAGUGCCUCUAAAAGAAGCUGAUGGGCUCCAAACGGGAUCUGGAUCCAAUAUAAUGCAGAAAGCAACAUCAGCAGGAAAUGUAUUCCAGGGUGCAGCACGUGCUUUAGAGUUAGAGGGAAGAAGACUACAGAUCUACAAUGAAGUAGCUGCACAAAAGAAGGCACUGGGAUUGGAUUCUAAUAAGGAUUAUCGCAGUCAUGGGAAGCAAAUAGCUAGACAGAUCAGAACAAUAAGUGGGUCAAAGGGAAAUGUUAGAGCAAAAACAGAUGAAUUAAUUAAGAUCUUCUUCAUAGAUUCACCUUGGCCUCAGACUACCAGUGUUGCAAUGUUCGCGGAGAAGGUUGUCGCACGUUGCAUGAACUCCAUCGAAAGUAUUUUUGCUUAUGGUCAUGUCAUUGCUCUUGUUAGUGCACAGGUCCCACUUACUAUGGAUCUUUUGCUCGCUGAGUUGAAUAGAGUUUGCAUCUUUACCGUUCCAAAGUACAUAAAUAACUCAGAGUCAGUAUUUGAUACAGAAGAAACUUACAAGAAAGCCAUUGGUUUUCAAGAGGAAGAUGGAAAGAUUGAAAGCAAAUAUGAUUACUUAAAGCAGAUGGUAUCAUAUAUGAAAUUAUACGGAGCUCUUGUUCAGUUCCUUAAAAACACAUGUUAUGGCGGACACAAGCUCGGGGCGUCCAAAAUUUGCAUGGUCUGGAAGAAGGUUGGGCAUGGCUUGCAAGAUUCUUGAAUGCUCUUCCUGCAAAUCUAUACACUGGAAUCGCACUGCAUGCGUUCCUCCAAAUGGCAGGGUUUGCUCUCUACAGAAGGUACAAAUCUCAAUUCAAGAAGUUACUGAACAUCAUUUCGCGUGACUUCUUAAACGCACUAAAUGAACAUGGUGGAGAAGACAAUAAGAUUAAUAAACUCAUCAUGAAUAUUCAGACUUACAUAGAAUCAAACCAGUUCCGGGAGGAACCAGAAGGAUGGCGCCUGGAGAGUUCUUUGUUAUCGAACUCGUUUGUUCUCGAACUAGAGUAUCAGGAGUAGUAUUAUCACCAGGGGAAUCGGCGUUAAUAGAAUUCAUUAUUUAAGUUGAACUGAGUUGUUUCUUGAUUCUGGUUCAUAUAUGGAGAAUGUAUAGGAUGUAUGGUUUGCUAUUAGUCCCAGAAUUACCCGGGCAGUUUUGUAAGUUCAAUCUAAUUUUUGUGCGCGCGCGCGUGUGCGUGUGUUAUUGAUGACUAGAAGUUUCGCCUCUUGGAUCUUGACAAAACUAAGCAAUCAAAAUGGCAUUGCGGGAAAGUUGGGGUUUUUCAACUUUGAGAAACAACUGUACACCUGAAGCCAAGAGAUGUCUACUUCUUUGAAGCAAAAAGUGUACACAUGCAAAUAUA